AUUUCUUCCCUCCAUAAAUACUGAAAGUAGAGGAACCACCUCAACAAGAUCACCUCAACAAUGAAUCCCCAAUUUAGCCAUAGACAAAAAUUUUCCUUCAUCUUCUCCCUAUCUCUCCUCUUUCUUUCAAACUCUGUUCUUCAAGCGACUAGCGCAAAACUAGAAACAUACAUUGUUCACGUUCACCAUCCAGACACCAAAACCUCCGAAUCUUUCUCAACCUCAGCCCACAAAGAGGCCUGGUACAAAUCCUUCUUGCCCGCCAACAUCCUGAACUCAGGCGAGCCUCGGUUGAUCUACUCAUACCACAACGUCAUAAACGCAUUCGCAGUUAGACUGACGGAAGAGGAGCUGGCUGAAGUGGAGUGCAAACCAGGAUUCCUUCAAGCGUACCCCGACCGGGUUGUGCCUCUCUUAACCACCCACACCCACGAAUUCUUGGGCCUUCAUCAACAUGAGACCGGCCUCUGGACCGACUCGAAAUUCGGAAAAGGGGUCAUCGUCGGAGUUCUUGACACCGGAAUAGCACCAGACCACCCUUCAUUCCGUGACAAUGGACUGAUCCCCUCUCCACCUGCCAAAUGGAAGGGGAGGUGUGAGUUCGGUGGGUCCGUCUGCAACAACAAACUCAUCGGUGCUAGAAAGUUCGUACGGGGACUCAACGCAAUGAAACAGAAUUCUGCUGCCACUUUGCAAGGACCACCAGAUGACGUUGAAGGACACGGGACCCACACGGCGAGCACGGCAGCUGGCAUGUUCGUCGCAAAUGUCAGCAUUGAGGAGCAGGCAAAGGGGACGGCUGCUGGAAUGGCGCCUUACGCUCACAUAGCAGUCUAUAGAGUCUGCAGAGAGGACGGCUGUGCGGUGUCUGAUAUAUUGGCUGGAAUGGAUACUGCUGCUGCGGAUGGCGUUGACAUAAUCUCCCUCUCGCUCGGCGGGGUUUCACAGCCUUUCUACGCAGAUAGACUUGCAAUCGGUGCGUUUGGAGCAACUGCGAAGGGCAUAACCGUUGUCUGCUCUGCAGGGAACACUGGUCCAUCCCCUGCAACGCUGUCCAACGAGGCUCCAUGGAUUAUGACAGUCGGUGCAAGCACACUUGAUAGAAAAAUCCGAACGACCGUGACUCUAGGCGACGGAGCUCAGUUCUACGGAGAAUCUAUCUACCAGCCGAAAGGCUUCCUUCCCAUUCCAAUACCCCUCGCGUAUCCUGGAUCAAGAUCCUCAAACGCUGCAGUUUGCGCCCCGGGCUCGCUAUCAAUACUAGAUGUCAUAGGCAAGGUUGUCGUCUGCGAUGUCGGUAAGCUGAACAGAGUGCAGAAAGGCGAAGUCGUCAAGAAAGCUGGCGGCGUUGGCAUGAUUCUGACGAAUACCAAAGCACAAGGAGAUACUACUUUCCCGGAUGUACAUGUUCUUCCGGCAUCUUACGUAAGUUACUCUGAUGGACUUGCCAUCAAGUCGUAUAUUAAAUCGACGCUAACACCCGUGGCAUCUAUAUCUUUCAACAACACCGUUAUCGGAAGCGCCGUGCUUGCCCCGGAAGUAGCCUACUUCUCGUCGAGAGGGCCAAAUCAAGCGGAUCCGAACAUUUUGAAACCUGAUAUAAUCGGGCCCGGUGUCAACAUUCUUGCAGCAUGGCCGUUCGACAUCGGAUCGCCUGGGGUAAAAUACAACAUAAUCUCGGGAACCUCAAUGGCAGCUCCGCAUCUCAGCGGAAUCGCUGCUCUGCUCGUAAGCCAGCACCCAGAUUGGUCUCCUGCUGCAAUCAAAUCAGCAAUCAUGACGACUGCAACCGCUACUACAAACAUGGACACUCCAAUUCCUGAUGAGCAACUAAAACCUGCAGACCUUUUUGCUGCAGGAGCUGGUCAUGUAAACCCGACAUCAGCCAAUGAUCCUGGUCUCAUCUACGAUGUCACCACCGAUGAUUACAUACCUUAUCUCUGCGGCCUGCGGUACUCUGAUACUCAGGUCAGUGCCAUUGCUGGUCGGACUGUGAAAUGUUCUAACAUCGUUUCUAUUUCCGGUGCGGAAUUGAACUAUCCUUCGUUCAUGGUGAUCUUGGACGUCAGAAGAUCGGUGACAGUCACUCGUACAGUGACCAACGUCGGAGAGCCAGGAUCCACGUAUGAGGUGAAGGUAAAGGCUCCCAAAGGAACGAAGGUGAUCGUCGAGCCGGAGAAACUGUAUUUCUCUAAGGUGAAGGAGAAGGCGCAGUAUGCAGUUACGUUCACAAGCGAGGGAUAUGGGAGAGGAGGUUAUUCGGAGGGAUAUUUGAGAUGGAUCUCGUCUGAUAACAAGCGUGUGGUGAAUAGUCCCAUAAUGGUGAAGGAUUCCAGGAGUACCCAAUCUAUGUAAUAUUACCAGCGAUUGUAGGCCUU